UUCUACUUCCGGCGUAGAAGAAGACGCUCACGUCGUAGCGUGUCGUAAACACCAGUAGUCACGUUUUUAACCGGGGACUAGCUUGUAGGCAACAUACUGCUCGCGACUAAGCUGAACUACACUAACGUCUCCUCUGGUAUUUGGUUGUUAUCUCACUUAAACCGCUGUGAUUGUGCGUCUACUAGCAACACCGGAAGCGACGAACUGCUAAGUUGAAGUCAGGCAUGCUAACAGGAGGAGCUAGCUUCGUUAGCAUGAAGCCAGUGUGUUAGCUGCACUCUUAAGUGUCGCUCCACUGUGGACGUUAACGGUGUUCCGUUAAACUCUCAAAUGCUCAUCACUGCGUUGGUCGUAGUCGCGAUUGUUAAGAUAAAUGCAUAUCCAUUCAUUAAGUGUUGUCGCGUUAGCUGAAGAGAUUGUCUUUUCAAGCCAGAGUGUCCAACGCUGUCCACAGUUGUCAGUUUAUUAGGAACAGCAGGCUCAGCUCAACGCAGACCACUGCAGCAGUCCCCGUUUGCAUCCUGCCUUCAUCAAGUUCGGCAGUGAACGUAGGUCCCACGUACUUCAGGACCGGUCUGUCAACAUUUAAAGAGCAAGUAUGAGCGGCCUGGAUCAGGACCAGCAUCUCCAGCUCGGUUGCCGUGACAAAACAACAGUCUCUAGCGAUUCAUCAGGCACUCGAGAGCUGGCCAAGCAGCCUCUCCACGGUCUAAAAUUGGCAUCACAUGCCGUGCUGGAGAAAGCGCAGCAGAGGGGCAGGUUGAAAUGCUCUAAAUGUGGAGGAUCAAGGAUGUUUUUCUGCUACACAUGCUGCUCGUUAUUGGGUGUCAGCCUUCAAGAAAUCCCCCUAAUCAAGCUCCCAGUGAAGAUUGACAUCAUCAAGCAUCCAAAUGAGACAGAUGGCAAGAGCACCGCGAUCCACGCCAAGAUCCUCGCACCAAGUGACGUCACCAUAUACACGUACCCCUGCAUCCCUGACUUUGAUAAGGACAAGGUGGUGUUGGUGUUCCCUGGUCCAGGGUCUGUCUCAGUUCAAGACAUGAUGCAGUGUUUGCAUGACAGGACGGACAGCAGGUCACACGACUCUGAUGAACCCUGCAUGAAGAGGCUGAAAAGUGAGGAAGUUCAAGGGGCCACACACACUGCAGAGAACCAGGAGACUGUGACCCCAGAUGAGGCAAAGGGCUUUGAGUCAAGGAUGUAUCCCCUACAGAGGGUGGUCUUCAUUGACAGCACAUGGAACCAGACCAACAAAAUCAGCACAGAUGAGAGACUGCAAGAUUUGCUCCAGGUAGAGCUUAGGACGAGGAAAACAUGUUUCUGGCGCCAUCAGAAGGGCAAACCUGACUCCUACCUGUCCACUAUCGAGGCCAUUUAUUAUUUCCUCAAGGACUUCCACGAGCAUUGUCUCGCUCAGGAGUACAACGGAGAAUAUGACAACAUUCUCUUCUUCUACUCCUACCUGCACUCGGUUGUUAACAAAGCCAAGAUUUCUGCUGGAAAAUGCUGAAGAGUGCUGCAACAAGAGACUAUAAUGAACUGUAGCUAAAGAGCAGAUUCACAUGCAACCUCAGUAUGUGUGGCAGAGUGGUAUUUUUUUGUAAGGGAUACUAAGGCAUCUAUAUGUAGAAAAAUAUGCAAUAAAACAUUUGUUUUCAAUUACA